AUGCCCGGCAAAGUCGAACGCAGCGGCAAAGUCAACAAAGCAGACAAAAGUUGGUUUAUGGUAGCUAUGGCGGAAUCCAAGGAUCCGUCUCAGUAAGGUGCAGACGCCGUCAAAAAGGCCCAUGAGAAGGCGUACUGGGAGGCGAAUGACUACUACUCCUCCGAUGAGGAUCCCUUCUUGGAUCGAACUGGCCAGUUGGAACAGCGUCGACGCAAGCGGAUGCGCCGGCUCGGAGCGCCUAAUGCGCCCAUUGAGACGCCCUCGGACGCUGAGAAAGCAGCCCGUGCCGAGGCUGAUCUCUCUUCUAUGUCUGUCGUAAGGACUGCCUCUCUGACUGCUGUGAAUGAAAAUGCCUCUGAAAUGGAUGAACUCGAGGCCUACAUGGCAGCCAUCAAGAAUGGCGCGCCUAGCCGUGCUGCCCGUCAGGCGCUGAAGCAACGUCUCUUUGAGCUGCGUCAGAAGGAAAUUCGCCUAAUGCGUCAAUUGGGCAUACGUCAACCUACUGGUUUCAGGGGUGCCUUCUGCAGUUCGGCCUCCUCUUCGGCUGCAAUGGCCGUCCGUACUGCUCUCGAACGAAAGCAGCAGCUGCAGAAGGCGAAACAGGAGUCAGAUGCCUCACGGGAGGGUCUUGAGUCAUUGGCGGAACAGAAACGAGGUGAGAGCAAGUUGAACACACUGAAGCGCCUUCUGCCAAGCUCCAUAAAGGUAAAAAUAGGUCCUUCCAAAGAGGCCAAAACAGGGGAGUUCCGGCCCGAGUUUGAUGAGGACGAGGAAGAAGAGAAGGAGGAGAAGGACGUUCCAGUGUCUACCAAUGGCGUCAAUGAACCUGAGGCGUCUGGUGCUAUGGUGUCGAAAUCAACAGCAACCAGGAAAGAAUCUGCCCUUCCUUCUGCCACUGCCCCACCACAGCCGCCACCGUCACCAAAACCCUCCGAAUCUAAAACAACAACGGUAGGAAAAGCACCAAACAGGACAACAUUGAAAACACAAUCAGCGCCACAACCUCCGCCGCCACCAAAACCCUCCGAAUGUAAAGCAACGAAGGUAGAAGGAGCAUCCGACAGGACACCACCGGAAGCACAACCACCUUCAAAACCGGUAGUAGAGGCCCCCGUCACUAGAAGUACACCACUGGGGCCGCAAGCUCCGCCAUCUCUGCCUCUGCCUCCAACGGUCCCGGAUCCCGCGCCAGAGAGUCCACAGCCAAUGCUGGAGGUCCCACAGGUAACUCGCUAG